GCCCAAGCCCAAAACAGAGUGCUCCACCUCUUUCAACUAUCUUCUUCAUCAGCUGCAUCGAUCAACCCUGCAGUAAGCUCCCAGCAAUGGCGGCUGAAAUGGUAAGAAGAAGCCUUAAAGCAUCAAACUUUACCUUCAUUAGAAGAACCCUAACUCUCACUUUCAGUAACUUAGCUGCCUCUCCACAACCCGAAUCUGACAUCCCAUCUUCAUCCUCAUUCACUUUCUCCGCAACCAAUGGAGAAUCAAAUUCAACAGCAACGGAUGAUAAUAUAUUCAUAAAGGGACCGAAAAAGGCGGAAGCGGAAUCUGUGACGAUGCCUAUUUCGUUUAUGACUGGAUCAAUUGUGGGAAAGAGGUUUUAUCAGAAAGUGGCGACUAGAGAAGCUGAUGAUGGAAAUGGUUGGAGUGUUAUGCUUGAUUAUCGUACUCUUAAAACCCCUUCUAAGCGUCCUCUUAAAUGCCCCACUCUUGCUCUUGCUAAGGCUAUUGCUGCUGAAUGGGAAUACCAGGAAGCUGAUGGGAUCAGGCCCUUUACUAUGCCAUUAAUGAAACUUGCAUGUACUGCACUAGAAAGAGUUCCACUGACGCGUCAAAAGAUAAUCGAACAUUUGAUGAAGAAAUUCCCUCAAGAUUUAGUAUUCUGUCGUGCUCCAGGGGAUAAUGAUCUGACAAGUGGAGUUCUUGAGCGUCAAGUCGAGAAAAUUGAUCCUCUUCUUAAGUGGGUAGAGUCAGAAUUUGGCUUCAAACCAUCCGUCCACACCAGUUUUUUUGGUGGCAGGCAAGAUGAUGGUCUCGUCAGUGCCAUUGAAAGCCUUCUCAAGAAGACAGAUGAUUGUGAAUUGGCAACAAUUGAUGCAAUUGCUUCAGCUGCACAUUCCUUAGUCAUUGCACUUGGAAUUGUUCGUGGUAGAUUGGGGAUUGAGGAGGCUAUUGAGUUGAUUAGGCUUGAGGAAGAUUUGCAGGUUGACAGUUGGGGUCUUGUUGAAGGCGGUCAUGAUGUUGAUAUUGCAGAUUUAAAAGUUCAGAUUGCUUCCGCUGUGGUGUUCUUUGGACUUACAAGGAGUGUAUAAAUUUGGGAAUAGUUUAGUGAGUCUUACCUUCUUGUAUCUUUAGUACCUUAGCUCAUACCUAUAGCAUAGCUUCUAAACUCAAAAAGUUGAAGUCACCAUUGAGGUGAAGUCAGUAUGUUGGUUGAGUUGUAUCGAACUUGCUGCUUUCACAAGGAUGAACAAUAUUUGCUGGGAAUAACCAGAUGAUGAUGAAUAACGAGCCUAUUUUUCUGAAAUCGAACACACUUAUUUGGACGUGGACAACCCUUCAAUUUUGAGCAGCAGGAUUUAGUUUUGGAAGUCUUGUGUCUCUUUUUGUGUGCUUUUAGGAGGAGCAGAUUUUUAAUUUAUUAGUGCCAAAUGCCUAUUAUGUUGUCAUGGAUGUUUAUUAGCUGGUCCUUGUGUGGAUAUUUGAAUGACUUUCUAGCUUUUGUACCCUUGCUUAUAUUUUGAGAAACAUUGGAAACC